CCUGCGAGCCACCCCGCGCGCGGCAGGCAGCCGGGGACCCACCGGGCCGAGCCGGCCGCGCCCCGCACACCCUGAUCCAUGGCGCUGAAGCGGAUCCAGAAAGAAUUAAGUGAUUUACAGCGAGAUCCCCCUGCUCACUGCUCAGCCGGGCCCGUGGGAGACGACUUGUUCCAUUGGCAAGCAACAAUUAUGGGCCCCCCCGAUAGUGCAUAUCAAGGUGGAGUCUUCUUUCUCACCGUGCAUUUCCCAACAGACUAUCCUUUCAAACCGCCAAAGAUUGCUUUCACUACGAAAAUUUAUCACCCCAACAUAAACAGUAAUGGAAGUAUUUGUCUCGAUAUCCUGAGAUCCCAGUGGUCACCAGCUUUGACUGUAUCAAAAGUGUUAUUGUCCAUAUGUUCUCUGCUCUGUGAUCCCAAUCCAGACGACCCCCUAGUGCCAGAUAUUGCACAGAUCUAUAAGUCAGACAAAGAAAAAUACAACAGACAUGCAAGAGAAUGGACUCAGAAAUAUGCAAUGUAAAAUUAAUUAAAAAGAAACCUUCACCUAUACCAGAGUACUGUAAAAUCUAGGUUAUUUUCAACAUUAGCAGUAAAUUGAGCACUGCUUACUGUCUCAUUGUACCAUGAACCCUUUGGUUUUACUCAUCCUAAAUGUGUUUCUGAAGCAAGACAAAACAAACUUCCAAAAAUACCCUUGAGACUGUGAUGAGAGCAUUUAUCAUUUUGUAUGCAUUGAGAAAGACACUUGUCAUGGUUUCUGAGAUGCUUGGACAUCUGCGCCUUCAGCUUAUGAGAUACACAACGCAGCUGAAAAGCAACCAAACUAUUUUUUUGCUGAAACUAGAUGUUUUUACAUGAGAAAUACUGUAUGUGUUGUCUAAGAUGUCAUCACUUUUAUAAGUCUGUAUUCAGAUUUCAUUCUUGUUAGCUCACUUUAUAAUUUGUAUUUUUUUACUGUAUAGACUAAAUAUAUUCUAUUUACAUGUAUGUUGACUCAUUGCUUCUUUCCUGUGAACAGUAUUGAAGACCCCAACAGCUGAUAAUUAAAUGAAUUAACUGUGUCUCCCUUGUCUUAGGAUAUUCCGUAGAUUGACUGCAGAUUUCUUAAACCCGAAAUGAACUUUACACUGUAAUGCUCAGUAUGCUGAUAUGAUGGAGAAACACUUGUUGUGAUUUUGUUAUACUUGACUUAACUUUAUUGCAAUGUGAAUUAAUUGCACUGCUAAUUAGGAAGAUGUGUAACUUUUACUUGUUGCUAUCCACAUCUGAAUUUUUUUCUGUAUAGGCAAUAUUAUAUUGACACCUUUUACAGAUCUUACAGUAGCUUUUUCCAUAUAAAUAAAAUGCUUUUUCUACUA